AUGGCGAAACUAGAAGCAAUUGUUCUUCAAAAUUAUAAAAUAGAAGGCGAUAAAGAAGAAGUUACAGAAAGUUCUCCCUUAAAAGUAAACAAUGUCGUUGAAAAUAUUAAAGUAAAUGCUGAAAAACAAACAUUUGCUGAGAAAAUUAAACAUGUUAUAAAAAAUAUAUCUGUUGAACCAAUUUUAGCUUGCUAUAUAAUGCCCAGUGUGCUAUCAUCAUUAGCAAUACAGAAUCUAAAUCUUGAUAAAGUUUGUAGAGUCAAUUUAAAUUUUAGUAACGAAAUAUGUGAAGCAUUAAAAGCUAGAAACGUUGAAAAUUACACAAAACAUGAAGAGGAAGUACAAACUGUUAUGGCUGGUAUACAAGCUUGGAAGAAUGUUAUACAAACAGUUAUUCCAGUUUUAAUAAUUCUAUUUGUGGGAGCUUGGAGCGACAAAACUGGAAGACGAAAAGCUUGCAUCCUAAUGCCAAUUUUUGGAGAGAUGAUGAGUUGUAUUGGAUUUAUUGUUAACACCUAUUUCUUUUACGAAUUGCCUGCUGAGGUAGCAGCUCUAACUGAAUGCAUAUUUCCUGCAUUUACUGGUGGAUGUACAAAAUUCUUAUUAUUUCAGUCCAAUAAGGGUUGCUGUAGCUUUUUCACCGAGUUUUUUGAUUUGAAUUUAGCAAAAGAAACAUUCUCAGUGGCUUUCAAAACAGGCUCGAGAAAAAGACGACUACGACUUUGCCUUCUUUUAUUAUCAGUUUGGGUAGUGUUUGGACCCCUUCAAGGGGAAUUUGCAAUCAUGUAUCUUUUUGUUAGAUAUAGAUUUAAUUGGGCUGAGAUGGAGUUCAGUUGGUGGUGUUCGUAUAGCAUGAUCACAAACUUAAUCGGAACAACGUUCUCAAUAUCCCUUUUUAGUAAAUACUUAAAACUUGAUGAUACUAUAUUGGGAAUUAUUUCUUCCUUGAGUAAGAUAGCAGCAUCGUUUGCUUACGCGUUUGCAAGAACUGACUUUGAGAUUUAUAUGGCACCAUUACUGGAGAUUUUAAACGGUACUUCAUUCAUUGCAAUGAGAGCUAUAGCUACUAAACUAGUUGACAGUGAAGAAAUUGGUAAGGUCAACUCUCUCUUCGGCCUAGCUGAGGCAAUGACUCCCUUGCUAUACGGACCUCUGUACUCAAGUUUCUACAUCGCAACAUUUAAAGUACUUCCGGGUGCGGUGUUCUUACUGGGGGCUGCACUUACAGUGCCUUCUAUAUUUAUACUUGGGUGGCUCUACUUUGCACAAAAAAAGGACAAAACCAGGGGAGAGAGAAGUAAAGAGAGAGAAAACACCACUGAUAAGACUGAUUGUAAAUAGUAUAAUAUUGUUUAGAUUGUUAUUGUAAAUAUUAUUCUUAUAUUUAUCUAUGACUUAAAUUACUCUAGUGAUAAUUAUUUAAGGAUUAGUGUUUGAGUGGAAAAGUUGGUACCUAUAUUUAUUAUAAAUGUAUAAGUAACAAUUAAUGAAGAUAAUUUAUCUGUCUAUUUCAAUAUAAAAGAUUAAAUUUGAUAUGUUUGUAUCACAGAAAUCUAAAUAAGAAGAUGCUAGGAAUGACAAACCUGUACUAAAUAACCCUUUGCAUAAAGUAUAACUUUACCCUAUUUAACGAACAUGUCUAUCUGCCAGUACAAAGUCCUAUAAAAAUUGGCCAGCCAUUUCGGAAAUUAGCCUAAUUAAAAAUUUAAAAUGAUAACGUGGAAAUAUUAAAGAUAUUUCAUUAAAUAAAA